UUGUAUAUAGUUUUAGAGUCGGAAAUCGAUCGGUUGUUUGCUGAUAUUCGUGAUGCAGCCCUCAAUGGCAUUUGGGUGGAGAAAAACGUAACAAGCUCACCUAAUUGGUCAUUUGGUCAAGCAUUCUUCUUCGCCGGUACGCUCAUUAGCACCGUAGGUUAUGGUCGGGUAUCACCAAGGACCGAGCAUGGAAAGCUAUUCACAAUCGUCUAUUGUAUGAUUGGAAUUCCUUUGACGCUGGCUCUUCUGUCGGCUAUCGUGGCUCGUCUCAAAAGACCGUCUCAGAUUCUGCGAGGUUUUCUGAACAAACGCCUUGCCCAUCUUUUCCAUGAAGGACAUAUUCAGAUAUUCCACUUGGCAACGGUUUGUCUGCUCCUGCUCGUUUUCGUUUUUCUCAUACCAGCAUGGAUCUUCACAAACAUAGAACCAGACUGGACGUACCUUGAUGCUUUUUAUUACUGCUUCGUCUCAUUGACGACAAUAGGUUUAGGAGAUUACGAACCAGGUGAUAGUCCUGACCAGGAGUAUCGAGGUGUCUACAAGGUUAUUGCCACCGUGUACUUACUGGUUGGCUUAUGCUGUAUGAUGUUGUUCCUUGCUACGCUAUAUGAAACGGACGAGGAAGCGAGGAUAGUCGAUGAGAAUGAUGUGAUGCCAAAAUACAGUCGGUUUCCUGACGAUGCUGGUGGAGUGCAAUCGUACGAAAAUGGAUUCUAUCAAGCGCAAUGA